AUGAGUUGGACUUCAUCCAAACUGUCAAAGUUGCCUGAUGUGUCAUUGCCCCUGCAUGGACACACGGCCACAGUCUCAGACAGCGACAUCUUCCUGUUUGGCGGCUACGACUUUGUCAAUCAAUGUCCCACAAAUGCUACAAUGCUGUUAAGUACAGCAGCGGCAUCAUCAAGUAUCAAUAAUAAUGGUUUACAAAAGUUGAGCACGAGUGGAAGCGCCCCGCCACCUUGCUUUGGCCAUACGGCCACACAGGUCGGACGAAAGAUGUUUGUGUUUGGUGGCAGCCAUAGUCAGUCGAACGAAGAUAUGCGCGACCUACAACAUCAGAGCAACGACAUGUAUCAGUUCAACAUUGGCAACUACUCUUGGUCGCGCCCAAAGGUGUCUGGCGACAUCCCCGCGGCACGUACCGGCCACUCUGCGACACUGAUCUACGACAACUUCAUCUUUAUCUUUGGCGGUUUGCAUGGCGCCAAGCCCCUGAAUGACUGGCACUUCUUCCACACCGAUCGCAACAAUUGGACACGUCUGUUGGACCCAAGCGACGCGGGUGCCCAGCCCGCCACCUCGCCCCCUCUCGCUGGUGCGCAGCAGACCAGCAACGGAUUCUACCUGAGCGUGGUCAACUCGCCGCAGUUCUACUCGGCACAAAAGUCGCGCGGCAGGUCAUCGACCAUCUCCAACCCACAGACGCAACAGCAGCAGCAACAGUUGGAAAAUCACAAUGCCGCCACGAUGGCGUCACCAUCGCCCAAGCUCGGGCUCGCCUCACCGCAGCCCACAACUUCACAGAUCGCCAGUCCACAUUGGCGACCGGACACCCAGCACCACGACGUGCGCACCUUCCCGUCAGCGCGAUACAAUCACACGUGUACCAAGGUGGGCGGCCAUGUCUUUUUGUUUGGAGGCCACGACGGCACCUCACUGCUCAACGACCUGUACGUGCUGAGCCUGCACAAUCUGGAGUGGUCGCGACCUGAGACCCAUGGUGACGUGCCCUCGCCACGAAGCAGCCACUCAGCCGUCGCCAUUGGCACCAAGAUAUAUGUCUAUGGCGGACAGACCUCCUCGCCGACCAGCGAUGCAGACGCAGAUCUUUACAUACUCGACACGGAGGAGCUUGAGUGGACAGUGUUGCGCACCACAGGUCAGCCCCCACUCUCGCGCCACAGCCAUCUGUGUCUGGCCAUGUCCAGCCGAUUGGUGGUUCUGGGCGGCUGGUGUCCAGACUCCAAACGUGCGAUGGCCGUCCCAUACAACAUGUACUACAUCCUCGAGACGCUACGCCUGCAGUUCAAGGUGACCAAGUCGUCCCGCUCCAACAACCCUUCGUCCUCUUCGCUGCUGACCAUCCCCAGCUCGCCCAGCAAGCGCAGUCUGCAGAUGUCUCUCGACUUUGCCAGCGACAAGUACGGCGACACUCACAGUCCGCAUCGCAAGUCGUCAUUGCCCAUCUCGUCGCCCGCCGGCUACGUGUACGACGCAAGCGACCACGUGGAGCUGCGCAACAACAACAGGAAGACGCUGAACGAAGUGGACAUGCUGAGCGUGGGCGAGUCUUGCACAUCGUCCUGCAACUUGCGAUACAACAUCAUGAAGGAACACUACCUCGAGAUGAAGGACCUGUACAAAUCAGAGAUGGAGCGACGACAGCGACUCGAGACAGAGGUGCAGGCGCUCAAGACUGCCCUGGCGCAAGCAUUGGUGGCAGAGCCCGCAGCAGGAGCCAAACCCCCCACCAUGCACACGCCACACUCAAUCGUCAGCGCCGUCAGCAGCGUUCCACAGCGCGCACUCGACUGCUACGACGACCUCUCAAAGGAGAUGCAAAAGUAUGAGCAGCGUCUGCGUUGGGAAGAGAUGGCCAAGAAGGAGACCAAGUUGCAGCUGCAGCAACUGCGAUCAAAGAUCGAUCAAAUGUCGGGCACGCUUGGCCUGGGAGGUGAGCGCACGCCCGGAAUCAAACUGGCCAUGUCCGACUCGACGAGCGACUUUAGCGAGUCAAUGUGCGAUCCCAGGUCCAAAAUGAUCAAUGGAGGCCACUCUGAUGUGGACCCUGCAGACUUUGGCGACCAUUCAUCAGCAUUGGACUCGCCGGCCAAGCGAUAUGGUGCAGCACCAAGCAGCGCACCUGCGUCACAUCAGCGAUCGUCUUCGCACCCGACACCCGCAGUCUCAACACUUACGCGCGAGAAGAAGAAGGAUAAGGAGAGCACGAGCAUGGGAAGUGGUCUGCUCAAGCUGCUUAAGUCCAAGAAGGCUGGACGUAGCUCGGCCAACCUGGACAAGUUGGCCAUCGAUGAGGACCCUGCUGAAGUCCCCCGCUCGCCAAUCAAGACCAUAGAGGAGAGCAAUGAAGAGGCAUCAUUCUUUGACCAGACCCCGCCCACAUCAUCAAUGGUCAGUUCAGCAUCGAGUGAGGCGCUGGCAGACUCCCUUGAUGGCAAGUCCAAGAAGCCCAAGUCCACAUUCAAGACACUCAAGCCAUCAAAGAAGGACAAGGACAAGGACAAGGAGAAGGAAAAGGACAAAGAGCGUGAGAAAGAGCGUGAGAAGGAGCGCGAAAAGGAGAAAGAACGUGAGAAAGAGCGUGAAAGAGAGAAGGAACGCGAAAAGGAGAAGGAGAAGCGAGCCAAGAUCAUCAAGUUAUUUGGAAAGGCCAAGGAAUCACACUCGACCAUCCGAAAGGAUAUCUUUGAGAAGGUGAUCACACAUCUGGAAAACAAUGGUACGUACUGUCAUCCUUUGGUCGUUUGA